AUGCUACCUCCCCUGCCUCGGUGGGAAGUCACAGCCCCUCAUCCGAGCCCUACCUGGUCCACCCCGCCGCUCCUAACCUCGGCCCCUCCGCCCCUCCUAACCUCGACCCCGCUCCCGCCCUCGACCCCGCUACUGCCCUCGGCCCCGCUCCCGCCCUCGGCCCCGUCGCCCCUGCCCUCGACCCCGCUACUGCCAUCGGCCCCGCUCCUACCGUCGGCCACUCCUGCCCUCGCAGUCUCCUCAGUCCGCCGCUACCUCCCCUGCCUCUGCCGGGAGUCUCAGCCCCUCACCUGUGCCCUACUUGGUCCGCGGCGCCGCUCCCCGGGCAGGCUCCUCAGUCCACCGCUGCUGCGGCGCUCCGCGCUCCUGUCCCCACUCCGUGGAUCUGAAAAGGGUCUGGAGCGCCCCCUAAUGCCCCGACAACUGACCGACAACACCAACAUCCGGGCUCCCGCCUCCCGCAGAGCGGAGGGGCUGAGGGAGGAGUGCGGACGCCGGAGUAGGCGGAGCUCUGAGGGAGGAGCUCGGACGCCAGAGAGGGCGGGACUGAGGGAGGAGAGCCGACUGCAGAUUAGGAGGGGCUGA